UGUUGGUGCGGCGUUGUUUUUGGACAUACUGUAGUAGUUGCUCUUGCGGAUGGCGCAUGAAGCGCGACGACGACGAAUUGUACUGUUAGUGUGCCGUCGGUAGCAGUGUGCCGUGGACGAGUGUGACGAUGUAACGCUACUAUUUGUUGCAUUCACCGUUGAGUUGUUGUUGUAGUUGUGCGGUUUAUCAUUUCGACUCUGUUGUUUUGCGAGCGUAUGGGCUAGUGGCGCGUCGCGUAGCAACCGUUAAGUGUGAAAACAAAAGGCGGAAAAAAUAACAACAACAGCGAAAGAGAGCAGGCAACAGCGCAAAAUAACCGCUCAUUCUGCAGGUUUUUGCAUUUGUGCGUGUGUCUCCUUUGUUUUGCUGCAUUUAAUUAGCCUGGCAGCUGAAGCAAUUUAACAACAACAAGUGCCCAGCCUGAGUCAAUGAAAGCAACAAACAAAUAUGUGUAAGCAAGCGCAGACAGACAACAAGUAAAUCAGCAGUCGUUUAUGCGAAAAAGUUGUAAAAUGUGAUGGACUCAAGGGGAUGCGGCCCUGCAGUGGGAGUUUGUCACACUGUAAGCGCUGAAGCCAAAAUUUAAACCAGUUGUAAAACAAGUCAUUUAUACAAUUCAACAAAGCAACAACAAAACAUACGUGAACUCUAAUAAACUAGCGAAGAACGCAACAACAAUAACAAUAGAAAACGUGCAUAACACAAAUAGACAUCCAACGAAAAAAGAAAAGUGCAGAAAAAAACGAAAACUGACGAAAAUAGCGAACCAAAAGACAAAAGUCUAAGUCGCGCAAACAAAAAUUGAAAGACCUCACAUACCAAAAUAAAUUUAGACUGAAACCUUUUUUUGUAGCCAGGCCAAGCUAAGCCGAAAGCAACGAAAAAAUUCACAAAAAAAGAGGGCAACAAAAUUGCAAGUGCAUAAAUGGGUUCACGCACAAAAACACACAACAACAACAAAUACAUACAAAAUAAAAGAAGUGCGCCGAUAUUAAAAGCGACUGCAAAACAGUCAGAGCGCCACAGCGAGAGUGACAGUGACAGCUUUGUCACUAACUUUGCAAAAGCGUUGACGAACAACAACAACCAAAAUAAUGGUGAAGUGACACAAAAAGAGCACAAUAAAAAUAUAACAACAAAUAAUAAGGCUCCAGCAGCGUCCUGCUGCGGCUAGGCUCGCAAGCGAUUACAAUAAAGAAUGCGCAAAGCGCACAAAGACGAGAAAAAUAAUUAAAAAUUUCACAAAUUUCCCAGAUAAAACAAGUGAAGUGCUACAAACUGUUGCAACAGCUGCAGCAACAACAAAAACAACAACAAUAUCACCACCGCUGCUACGUUCCAUAUCAGUCGCUGAGCGGCGAGCAAACCGUGCGGUCAGCCACUUCCAACAACAACAACAUCAGAGUAGCAAAAACAAUAGCACAUUGACAAUGUCACCACUUGUCAGCAAACUCAGCAAGACUUUCCGCUGGCUGCGCUGGUCCACCAUUUGUGCCAUACUCUUCUACAUGUUCUUCAUUGGACUGAUACUGCACAGCACCACAUACAAACUGCAGCACACGCUCAAAUCGCGGGCGGGGAGCGGCGAUGGCGGAGCGGCACAACAGGCAGGCGCGCUGCCACAACAAAUGCUGGAAUACUCAAAUAAAUAUCCAAUAGAAGCGAAAGCAGCAAUACAACAACAAAGUAGGCUAACAAAAGAAGCGCUACAGCGAAGCGGACAAAAGAGUGUGGCCGAGAAGGUGGCAGUUUCGGCGGCGUUGCACGAGCAGUCGAGCGCAGCGAACGGAAAUAAUGUGCUGAAAACACCGCCGGAAGCUGUGUUGGCCACAACAUUUCAACAACAAAAUGCCCAGCAGCGCUUAAGUGGUGCUGGCAAUGGGCUGGCGAAGCGAGCGGGCAGUGAGAAGAGUACAGCGGCGCGUGUUGCUGCCGUUGUGGCUAACAACGCGGCCGGCGGUGGUGUGAGCGUGGGUGGCGCGCGGCAAGGCGGUAAACCUAGCGAACCGGAAACUGUUAUUUUAGCAGCGAGCUCCGUCAACGAGAAACAAAUUCUCGAGAAAGCAUUCAAACGCGCCGAUCGGGAUGGUAACUCUGAGUUGACAAUUCAGGAACUUGGUGUUUACAUAAAUCAGAAGAUCUUGGAUCAUAUUGAGGAGGCGAUACAAAAUAAUCCACACGAAUUUCAGCGUGUGGACAAAUCUCCCGCCGAUGGCUUAAUCACAUGGGAAGAAUAUCACACUUUCUUUCUCAAAGAACACGGCAUGACCGAUGCAGACAUUGAUGAGCACAAUGAGAUAAAACAUACAGCAUUGAAUAGAAAAGCGCGCGAGGAUAUGAUGCGCGACAAGGCACGUUGGUCGGAAGCAGCGCGCACCGAUCUCUUUAGUCUCACGAUCGAUGAGUAUCUUUCAUUUCGACAUCCCGAAUCGAGUAUAUCAAAUUUACUGGAAUUAGUUGAUGAUUUACUGCGACAAUUCGAUCAGGAUGGCGAUGAUCAGUUGACGAUCGAUGAGUUCUCCGAAGUAAAUGUGGAUGAUGAUGAGGAUUUACGCAGAAAGUCGCUCAUCUCACAGACCGUUGUGGAGAGAAGGGCGGAAUUCAAGCGAAUUAUUGAUAAGAAUAACGAUGGCAGGGCGGAUAGAGAGGAGUUAUUGAAUUAUGUAAAUCCGAAGACGCCACGUUAUGCGCUGCAAGAGGCGGCAACACUAUUCAGCUUAUGUGAUGAGAACAAGGAUGGACGACUGACGUUGAACGAGUUAACUGAGAAUGCGGAGAUUUUCCUCACCUCCAAAAUGAUAGACACGGCAAACAGUUUCCACACGGAAUUCUAAGUGCGCCAGCCAAAGUGAAUUAAUGAAUGGAGGAGAACUGGGGAACUGAAGAUUGCAACAAGUCUGUGCAAACAGACUGCAGUGUAUAUAAAUAAAAAGGAAAAAUUAGAUUUAAUUGGAAUCUGCACAAUUAUUUGCCUACUCGGAAAUUUAGUUUUCAGUUAUUUCAAAUACUUAGUCAAUUAAUUAGACUACAUUUUAUUAAAUUUAUCUUAGCCAAACUUUGUCAAAGAAACACAUCUUUUUUCUCAAAUUUAUCAAAAUGAAAAUAUUCGUUUUAGCUCAAUUUAAAAUUAUCAAAUGUUGAUGACAAUUUUAUCGAUCGUUAAACUGCUUAUUGAACUUAAUCGAACUAUCGGUUUAUGGCACAAAUCAAAAACAAA